ACAAUAAGCAUAAAGUGCGCCAAAUACUAGUGAUUUUUUUCCUGGUCGGUAUUUCAGAUUCUGAAACACAAAGUUCCAUUUCAUGUUCAUUCUAGUCUAUUUUUAAUUAAUGGUAAGACAUAAAAAUGCAUCGGUACUAAACUAAUACACAUUUUAAAAUGUCAAUUGUAUAGUUGUUGGGAUAAAUGUUAUAAUACAUUAAUCAGAAUGUCUACGGAUUUAAUAAAUAUCGAUGGCAAUAUAAAAAGAGUGCAGAAAGAAACUUUGACACCAUAUAAAAUAGCAACUGUUAUUUUGAUUAAAGAAUACUGUAAUGAAACAACGAAAACAAUUGUGGAGAGACGUGAUUUUUGUUUAAUUGCAUUGAAAUUGAUUCAGUCUCCUGACAUGGAUCUCAAUACACUUUUAAAUAUAUUACAUUCCCCCGAAUAUAUUUUACAUCGGUUUGCACGUCAGAUGGAAGUGCAAUUAAAUAUGUUGACAGGAAAAGGUGUUGAAGGAUUAUUAGAUUUAUUUGAUAAUGUUGGACGUCUUAUGAAACCAACAUUGGAUCACUCUCUUUCUUUACCUGCUUUAAAUAAAAAUUCUGUGCUUGGAUUAUAUAUAAGAAGAGUUAUCAUCUUUUUUGAAAAAUUGCCUUUCGAUCAAGUUGUAGCUCUUUACGAAGCUUUGAAGAAAUACUUGGAUAAAAGAAUUAAUACUUUUGAUGGUUCUGAUAUAUCUACAGAUUUAAAAACAGAAAAUUUAUAUUCAAAUGAAAUUAAAACAACAUGGGGUGGAAGACAAGCUGAGUUACUUGUUGCACAGCAGGCACAUACUAUACAAACCGAUGAACAUAAAGCAAUGCCUCCUGCAGAACUGCAAAGUCUUGUACGAGAACUUUUGAGUUGUAGUCCUUAUUAUGCUGAAGCUCAUUAUUUAAGUUAUUUAAACUGUUUAAGGGUCAAUGAAUAUUGUGGAGCUAUAGAUAGUCUUUAUCAUUGCUUUGAUAGAUUAGCACCAUUGGAAAAUCGUUCUACGCCUGAAGAUAAAUCUCGUAUUUUCAGAUACGCAGCUUUAAAUUUGGCAGUUUUACAUGCUCAAUUUAAUCAUAAAGAAGUAGCGCAAGCUGCUUUAAAAGAAGCUAUUAUGAUGGCUCAAGAAGCUGGAGACAAUGUCUGUUUGCAAUUAGCACAUGCUUGGAUGUACCAUUUGACUUCCAAACAAAAGGGACCAUUGAUAGAAAGGUCAGUUGGUAAGGCAAGUAUGUUGGGAAUAACUCAUACAACUGGAUUAGGUCUCAUCGCAUAUGCUCAUAAUUCUGCCUUAGAAGCUAAGAAUCCAUCCCAAGUAUUUGAGACAUUGAUGAAAUCUGAUGUUUUAAAUUGUCAGCAUUCUAUGAUAGAUUUAAUGUCAAUGACGUAUGCGGAAAAAUCUGCCUUAUGGGCGUAUUAUGGUAAAACCGAGAUGUCUUCAGUCUGUGCUCAGUUAUUACUUUUACAUAAUACAGGUGAUAAGAAGCAGCAUAUGUUUAAUGGGCCAUCUACUUGCCAAGCUGUCGUUAAUAUUGCAAAUAUCUUAGUAGAAUUUGGAGAAUAUUUUUUAGUUGAUAUUGUGCUUGCUCAUGCUAAAGAGAGAUUCCCUAAUGAACCAUGUAAUAAGAUCUGGAUAUUAAGUGAACAACUUUAUGUGUUUACACAAUUAAUGAGACAAGAAAAGUGGGGCGAGGCUGAAGCAAUAGCGUCAAAUAUUUCAAGCUUAGAUCCUUUGGAAAGUAAAUUUAGAUUAGCAGAAGUUUGUUUGGAGACAGGGGAUUAUCCAAGAGGAUUAGAAUAUAUUGAUAACAUUGAAAGAGAUGAACAAUUAACACCUCAAAAUAAAAUAAGAGCUAUGAUUUUAUUAAGUCAAAUAAUGUGUGCUUCUGUUUCACCAGAGAGUGGAAUUGUAGGAGUUAAUUCGUUGGUGCUUUUAAAUAGAGCACUAGAAUUGGCAAUAAAAAAUUAUUUAUCUUAUUAUAAAGCAUUAAUAAAAAUGCAUCUUGCAAACAUUCAGUUAAUAAUGGGUAUGCCGACUUUAGCAUUAAAUUUAGUAGAAGAAGCAAUUACGCAAAUUUUAGCACAUGGAGGAUAUUACGAUCAAGGUAGAGCGUUUGUUUUAUAUGCAAAAUGCUUAGUUGCUACUGCUCCAAUGUGUGAAAAAACGCGAAAAGGAGUAAUCUUAAAAGCCAUUAAAGCACUCUCAAAGGCGAAAAAUUAUUUUACUAAAAUUGAAGCAUAUGGAAGAUUAAGACUUACUUUGUGUUUAGAAUCUUUACUGUACCACGAGAUCGAUCUUAAAAUUGAACGAAAUCAAUGUGCUUUCGAAUUUCGUCAAUUAGAUCAACAGCUUCUUACAAAAUCAGAUAAUUUAUCUCUAUAUUGAAGAAAUCAGGAAAAAAUUAGGAAUAAAUGUGUAGAAUUAAAGUACUUGUUUGUAUUGAGGAACGAAGCAUUCAAAUAUACAGUAUUUUUCUAAA